UGGGCUUUAUAUCUGUGUAGGUGAAAGCAAGGUAGGUCAAUAUGGGUUGGGACACUGCGCUGCAUCUCGUUGUUUUUUUUUCUUCGACAACAUCUAUUCGCUUUUGUGUGUUGCAUUUCUGCCUAACACCAUGCAUUCUGACCUCAAAAUGUCUCCCAUCGCCUGGCUUUUCAUAGCUCUGUUCGCCAGUAUCAUUCUCAUCAUCUGCCUUGUUUAUCUGUAUGCCUUGAAGAUCCGGAGGGACAAACAGAAGCAGGCUCGAAAAGCCGAAGGCGACGAAAUCUUUGGCGCUGUCAUUGCCAACCCGAUCAUUACAAGAUAAAUAGCUCAGCUGCACUUACUCCAAAACCCCAGGAUUCUUAACGUUCAGCAGGGGACCCCUUGUGAGCAUACCUACUCACACCAAGCGGUCAAUCGAUCAGUCCCCAACUGCUGUUCAGAGUGGUAUUACAACGAGCUACAGCACCACUGUCCUUGCAGACAGUUUACUCGGUCUGCGGAGCGGAACCCGCAUGCGUUGCAGCGACUUUCUUUGUUUCAUUGUCAGACUUUGGUUGCCUUACAUACCACAGUUAUCGAAACCAUCAGGUUCUUUGUCCUACGAUAGACGACGAUAAACAGACCUAGCCUGCCUUUGGCUUCCCAGGCGUUAUUCGUCAUUGUCAUUGCUAACCGCACUGCCAUUGCCUUACCGCAGCCUCGAAUCUUCGGACGGCACAACUCAUGCCGAUGUAACGACCCCAUCUCCUCUUCCUCCUGCCAUAUAAGCUGGUGUAACAAGAUCUCAAGGAAAGAUGAUGCCCCAAUCGGCGCUCAUCAUCCUAAUUAUCGUCGUUGCCGUCGCCACCAUCACGUUUCUGAUAGCCCUUUACCAUGGGCUCACCACAUCUCUUCAACCCCGCAAGCAACAGGCUCUCAGACAGUCAAAUGAGUCGACUCUACCUUUGACAGAGAAAGCAGCUGCACCUGCAUCUGCACAGAAGCCAGCUGCCUCAGGGGCGAUCAUCCCAGCACCCUCAGCACUCUCAACAACUUCGCUUCUAGUUCACAUCUCACCACCUCCACCGCUGCUCAGAGUCUCACCCAAACGCUCCCCAACACCCGAGGCAGAGUCCCCUCCUCCUUUACCCGAAGACACGACUAGGGCGGAGGGCAGAAGACAACGAGACAGCACGAUACCCAGGGCAGAGUCUCCUCCUCCAUUACCCGAAGACCUUCAUACCUAUACAAUCGAAGCGGAGAAUUCUCGCUCUCGCUCUCCGCCCUUGAGAAGAGACCAAAACACAAUUAGGGCGGAGAGUGAGGGCAGAAUUAAAAGAGAACGAGACAGCAUGCACGACAUCAUCGACCUAUAUACAUAUGCUUCCGAGGCCCGCCGCAAACCUAAACUUCCUCCAGUGCCCAAGUCGGCACCUGCAACGGUCAUGACAUUUGCCCAGGCCGAGUCGAAAUGGGCAUAUUUUGGCGCCAAGAGGGCUGCAGAGGCGGAGUUCCAUGUCGUAUGACGAGAAGCCUACGGCUGCAUUCAUAAACAAUUACCUCAAGUGCAUACCCACUAGUGAAAUAUAACCUUUGCAAAUUUUUACACCGUUACAGGGAGAUACAUAAGGUAGAUCAUAGAUGUUUUUGGGAGAGCGAUUGACCGCUGCUGCGUGCAUUACCUUUUCUCCGGCGAACACCCCAGUAUUUCCCACUGCGUCAACCACCGCACACCAAACAGUCAGAUAUACUAUUAGUAGAAGUAGGACAGCAGUUCAGUCAAGUUAUCCCCGUUCAAACAGCAACUUGAUCAUAGAAAGCAUCACUGGCACUAUACUACUACUACUACCACUAGUAGGUAUAGAUAUGGAGCGCGGCUCGCGCCUUGAUAGAAUCCAUAAAUACUAGUAGACUGGUACUUUUGCUACCAGGCCUGUCCUGC